UUUUCAUGAAGCUUAUAAUUAUAAACGACCUUUGUGCUUCAAUAAUUUUCAUGCAUAUUUCUCGUAAAUUUCUGUAAAUCUCGAUCAAGAGGAAAUUCAAUCGAUGGCUUACAGGCGUAGUCUCAUUACAAGGGCAAGACUUUUGGCUCAACAACGAUUUGCCCCUUCGUUUUCGUAUGCUCAUUACGAAGAUGAUCGUAAAAAUCCACAUACGGACGAAAAAGUAAAGGGUUUUCUCCAAAGUCGAUCAUAUGGUUUCCUCGGUAACAACACGAACAGUUCGCUAGGGUUUGGCGGAGGCGGUGGCGCUGUGAGUUUUCGAGAUCCGAGAUGGUCUAAGUUUCUUCAUGCACCGUUGACGACAAGUGGGUUCUUGUUAACUAGAAAUAUAUCCACCACGAGUGAAGUUGCUGUUGCUGCUGCGGAAUCUUGGCCACCAGUUGCAGUUUUGCAGCAUGCCAUUGAUGGGAUUCAUAACUUUACGGGACUAAAUUGGUGGGCAAGCAUAGUAAUAGCAACUGUUGCUAUUAGAACCUUGUUGGCUCCCAUCACGAUUAAUCAGCACAAGGUUGCCUCAAAGUUAACUAUUUUGGGGCCAGAAUUGGAGCAGAUUCAGCAAAAGAUGCAAGAUAAGAGCAUGAGUCCAAUGGCUGUAGCUGAAGUUGAGGCACAAAAGAAGAGAGUGUAUAUGGAGUAUUCUGCUGCUAUGUAUACUCAAUUGACCAGGCUUUUCAUCCAAGCCCCUGUCUUUGUCAGCUUUUUCCUUGCUAUUGAGAAGAUGGUGGAAAAGGUUCCAUCUUUUCAAACUGGUGGGGCAUCUUGGUUCAUCGACCUUACCACAGCUGAUGCUUUCUAUAUUCUUCCUUUAUUGGCUGCCAUUUCAUGCUGGAUAACUAUCGAGUUUACCAUGCAGGAAGGUAAGCGUGGUGGUGUCUGGAAAAACAUUGCAAGGGGUGGUGCUGCUCUUACACUUCCUCUUACAGCAAGUUUCCCAAACGCUCUCUUCUGUUAUUGGAUCACCUCCAACUUGUUCUCCUUUUUAUUCGGACUCACAAUAAAGAAACCCUCUGUGAAGAAGUUUCUGAAUAUACCCAUAAUAGUGCCUCCACCGCCAUCUCCUGCCACCCAAUCUAAGCGCACAAUCACCACCGCGAACCACAGUGUAACUUGCUCAUCACUUCCAUGUCAGAAGACGACUUCAGAAGAACAAAAAUCUACAACUCAAAGACUAUCAUCAUCAUUACUCCUCAACCAUAGGAUCAACAAUCUAGAGAAACAACUCAAGGGAAGAAACAAGAUCAAGAGGAAGAAGAGUUGCCGCUAAGUUUAUUGUUUUGACUUUUCAUCUACCAAAUGUUGCCUUUUUUUUUUUUUUUAACACUAUAUCAGUGUAUUUUGCUAUAUUUGUAAUUUAUUAAAUUUUCCUGCCGUCUUUGUUUAGGGCUUCAUAUAUUCACCGGGGGACAUAUUCAAGUAAGAUUGAUGAAACCGAUAUUUUAUUUGGUAUUAUUGGAUCAAA